AUGGAAGCAGUAGCUUUGUAUGAUUUUGAGAGUACAGAUGCGGAAGAACUAAGGUUCGCAAAAGGAUCAAUUCUUAAGAUUUUAAAUACUGAUGAUAGCAAUUGGUAUUUUGCUGAAAUUAAAGGACAUGAAGGAUUUGUUCCCGUUAAUUAUAUAAAGUAG